UUUGUUUCUGGCUCCUACUUGAACCUCUCUCAAUCUCUUUCUCUUGACAUCAAUAGGUUAUUUUUUGGUGAAGACUUAAAGGAAGUAGUUUAAAAGCUGUUUCAUGUGCUGCGCUGCAGUGACACCUAGUGUUAGGUAUCAUUGCCUUCAUUCAGGCUGAUGGUUCUGCUGCUGAUCCUUGAGAACUAAGAAGUCCCUUAAGAGAAACAGUAGGCUAUCACUUGUCCUCCAUUCUCUUCACAUUCAUUACUUAUCAAUGUGAAUCACAGGUCUCUUUCUAAACCUCUCUGCACUCAAUAGCUGUUAUUCCACUGUCACUCACACAAACAAAGUCAUCCCUAAGACUAUGUAAAUUGAUCUAUGUUCUGGCAGUCAAGGGUAAAGAACAGGUAAUUCUACCUACACUGCUUAAGGAUGUAAGGAUGCAUAGCAAGAUGGGACAUAGAUGUUUAUGGGGGAAUCAUUUUGUAUGGUAACAACUUUUUGGAAGCUAACAGCAAUACAAAUAAAGAAUAAACAACCCAGUGCUGUCAGAUUAUAAACUGGAAUUGGAUUACGCAAAAAAUGGUUCUUGUCUGACACCUGAAUGUGGCUUAAAACGAACUGUGGCUGGUGUUAACAAGCCCACUAUCUAUUUAUUUUUGUUCGGUCAUUUAUUGUUUGUUUAAUUUGGUUUUAAUAUGACGUGCUUUACAAUAAUGAACAUCUUUCCUUGCUGCAGUCAUAUUUGUAAUUGUAAUUUUCACAUUACCGAGCUCAUCACCAGCACUUGAAAGCAGCACCAGACACCACCAAAGCACAACACGUCCUUCCCGGGAUUUUCAGGCGUUCCGUCGCCAUGGAGCUGAAUUUGUUUCCUUCCUCCGGUUCAUACAAAGUGAAAGGUUGUGCUUUAAAAUAAAGUAAGGACCUUGUGAAAACACUUGGAAAAACUCUGACUGUUCUCGCUGUUCAGACGGCAUGUGGACAACAUAGUGUAAGGAUUUAUAAAGUUUUCCAGCAUGCCUCUUUCUGCUCCCACAAUGAGUGGCAGAGCAGCAGAGGGCCGCCUGCAGGUCCUUCAGAUCUACCGCCUGCUGCAGUACGUCCAUGAAGGGGAUAAGGAGCAGAUAGAGAAGAUGGUGAAUCUUGGGGUGGAAAACCUCAUCAAUCUCACUGAGCCACAGGAUGGCACAGGGGUGCUUCACGUGGCAGUUUCAGCCAACAAUCAGGACCUGGUCAGCUUCCUUCUGUCUCAUGGAGCACACCCCAACGUCCAGGACAAGAAGGGCCGCACCCCACUCAUGUUAGCUGCUGAGAUGGGCAAUGAUGCCAUAGUGGUACUGUUGGCACUAAGCCAUGCUGACCUGAGGCUCCAAGACGCUGAGGGCAAGGGUCUGCUGUUCUACUGUAUCUACCCCACCAAGCGCCACGCCCGCUGCCUGCAGGUGGCGUUGAAGUGCCGGGCAGACGCCAACAACGUGUCAGCACAGGGGACUCAUGUCUUCCAGCUGAUGUGUGAAAAAGCUCAGGAGUGCACCCCUCUGUGUCUCAUCAUGCUGGAUGGUGGGGCAGACCCCAAUGCAACAAACCAGAAAACUGGUGUCACAGCGUUGAUGGAGGCAGCCAAGGUGGGCUCCUUGGAGCUUGUGAGAGCCAUUCUCAAGAAAGGGGGAAACCCCAACACCCUGGAUGGGAAACGCUUCACAGCAGUGCACUAUGCAGCUAUGGGAGGCUUUUUUGAGGUGAUUCAGGUGCUGUCUGCAUACUCAGCAGACAUGGGCGUGAUUAACCUUGAGGACUGCACAGCCCUACACUAUGCUGCUGCCACAGGAAAUGCUAACUGCUGCAAGUUCCUGGCUCAGAGAGGCUGUAACCCCAAACUAAAGAACCAGGAAGGUUUGCUGCCACGUCAGAUUGCUAAAGAUGCUGGUCACAAAGCAGCAGCCAAGGAGCUGAGGAAAGCUGAGAGGCAACAGGGGAAAGGCAACAAAUCUAGCGGUCCUGGCCCCAUGUCAGACCGCUGGGCCCUGACCCUCCACGACUGGUCUUAUGAGUAUGAGACUGAAUUACGGCAAGCCUUUGGAGACAAAUCAGACACAGUUACCUCAGAGAUGUUUAUUUCAGUGUUAGAGGAUCUAAAAGCUCCGGUUGAAUUGGACCAGAUCCAUACAGUCAUUUCAGCACAUGACAAGGGAAAAGAGGGGUGUGUCAACAUAAAUGACUUCAUCAAAGGUGUCAAGUACAUCAAGAAACCAUUCCUCCUCUCCUCUUAUACACCUAAAAAGAAAAAGGGAGAGAAGGGAGGAAAAGGAGGUAAGAAGAAGGGUAAAUUUGUUCUCCCGAUGCCCAUUUGCACCCUCCCAGCGGAGCUCAUGCCCCGGCGACCGGACGGAGGACCACCUCACUUCAUGAUCGAGACAUACUACAACUGCUCAGACAUCCGUCGAUUUGACCGUGAUCACCCGCCAGAACAUCCCUUAAUGAAUGAUUCGGGAUGGUACAUGGACAAGCCAGAGAAGGUCUACGUCAAUAUCAACUACUGUGUGAAAAGUGGAGAUCUGGAGUCACUGGACCUUGCUUUCAGUCAGGGGGUUCCUGUGGAUGUUCAAGAUCAGUUUUAUAAAACUCCGCUAAUGGUGGCCUGUUCCAGUGGCAACUACGAGGUUGCUCAGUACCUUCUCAGCAAGGGGGCAGAUGUAAAUGUGUGUGACCAGUUCUUCUGGACGCCCCUCCACCAUGCAGCUCACGCCGGUCAAGUGGAACUUGUUGAACUUAUGGUGGAGGCGGGGGCUGUCAUAGAUGCUCGAGCGCUCAGUGGAGGCACGCCCCUCAUGAGGGCCAUCGAGAGCUCUCGACCCUCCUGUGUGGACUUCCUCAUCAAGGCGGGCGCCAGUGUAAAUGCAGAGAACAAGAAAGAGCAAAACUGCCUUGAUAUCGCUAGAGCUUUUGCAGACUCCAGGAUCAUUGACCUGGUCAAAGACAAGAUGGAUUCUCUGCCUAAAUCAAAGGAGACAAAAGGAAAGGGGGGCAAAGGUCAAAAACCAAAACCUGCUAAAGACAAGGGCAGUGUUGCAGAAGGCACAGUGCAGGCAGAGACAUCGACUGCAACAGCAGGAAAGACUUCUCAGAAGGAUUCAAAGAGCAUCAUCCUGCAGAACACCAGGAUCACUGAAGGGAAAACCAACACUAUGGAUAUCACCUUUGUGCCAAAAACGGUUUGGGGGAAGCCGCCCACCACCAGCCAGUUGAUGUCAAAGAUAGAGAGACGGAAGGAGCUCUUAUCCCUUGAAGUGGACUUUGACGACUUCAUGAUGCCUUUCAGCCACAACAUCCAGACGACAACGCUGGAGCUAGCAAAAACCACAGACUAAGCCUGGAAGUAGGUUAAGAAGACAGAGACACUCAGACAUUUUGGAAUUACACUCUGUUACCUGAGCUGGUUGACCACCUGCAACUGUUAUGUAUUGAUCUAUUUCCAUUACAGCUGCUUAAAUCAACACAGCUGGAUAUCAUGUUACUAAACCUCUCAUUUUUUAAUCCUGUCAUUUACAUAUACUACAUGUAUAGCUUCAACACACCGGAAUACCUGAAUCUAAGGUAGAAUCUGCAUUUAUAUUUUGAUCUUUUCAAUUAAAUGACACAGUCAUCCAAAUAAUCCAAAUGAGAAUAAUCAAUUAAAAGUAAAGAUAUGUCUUAGGUACACAUUCAGUACUGUAUAUCCACAGUGCUCAGGGACUGUUUGUGUC